ACGAAAUCGAAACCGCUCCCGAUUCCUCCGCCUAGAUGACCGAAGCCGCGACGCGAACUUCUCUACAUGGUUCUAGACAACCUUCCUGCGGUCGACUUGCUCCAGCUGCAAGGGUGUAACCACGCCUUACGCGGGAUCAUCUCGAACAGCGGUCAACUUUGGGAUCCACAUGGCGCUAAGAGUCCGGCCGCCUUUCGAGUAGGGCUUCGACAGGAUUUCAAAGGCCAGGUCAAGAGGAUGCGAAAUAUGGCUGACCAGGUUGCGGCCAUUGACUACGCCCUCCGAGACGACGACCCCGAGGGAAUUCCACAUCCGAUGGCUAUAAUCCAUUUUUCGCUCCUUCCUCCCCUCCUAGGUCAGGUGUUCCAGGGAACCUUUUCGCCGGGUCGUCGGCUAUGGCUGGCAGGUUUGCUCAGGUACAAUAUGACGGCCGGUACUCGUCGUUGGUCGAUACGGACUUGGACAUUGGUGCAGGCAGUGGUUUUGAAGGUAUAUGCCCAAACGGUGGCUCACGAGGAAGCCGCGGCCGCUCUUCGGAAGAGAGGGAUAAAUAAGGAUAAGGCGGAACUCAGGACUGAACUCUCAGUGCUUGUGAAACUAGCCGAGGUCGUUGCAGAUCUUAUUACCGCUAACUCCUUCGAAGACGCGACGAAUGUGUCAGAAAUGCUUGGAAUGCUAUUUCAGUCACGCCCUCUGGUUCAGGAUAAAGCUCGAGAAGAUAUGUGGCAACCCAUACAAGAACGUCUUGCGUCUGCUAUACAGAACAACAUUGGAGCUGGUUCGUCCGUCCGUCAGCCAAUUGAGGAGUCGGCGACGCAUUGGUAUAGUAUUAUACGCGGGUACUGGACUCAGUCGAAAGAUCGCCACCCGGCGACAAUGUUCACGGAACUCGUCGGGGAUUUGGCGGUCGUAUCUAUCCAACGCAGAGAGUGGGACCAGGCUCGACUAACGUUUGAUCUUGUUGACCACCUACCUGACGCGGUCAACCUUAAAACUAGCGCUUUCACGAGCUGGAAGGCCAUACGCCGACAUUUGUAUGGGAUUUCUUCGCCAAUGAAACCAGAUGAGUGGAAUAAUGCCGAACAAUCCGCAACUUUACUCUUGGACCUCAUUAAGAUCCAAGGUCACGCGGAGGACCGCGACCUUGAGUACAUCAUCUCGCUGAUUGAGCAAGCGGUGAAGGCCCGUCGAGACACAAGUAGACAGUUGCUAGUGUCGCUACUCGUGCGUCUCUUGGAGGAGUCCGGUCCACAUGGGCCUCAAGUUAACGCGCUCGUCGAAGCCUUGUUUGUUACCAUCUUGGAACAGGGGCACAAGGACAUAACAGAACACAAUCUCGCGGCGACAAUGCCAGAGCUUCAAGACCUCGCGACGGUAACUCAGCUUCUCAGUCUCGGUAAAGGAUCGAGUCAGCUUUACACUACACUCCUUGACCGCUCACGGACGGUGAUCUCCAGAACGAUCUACCUCGGAAGCCUCCUAGGAACGCGUCAUUCUCCCUACUAUCUUUUCACCCUGUUGGAAAGGGUGGCCAAAAUCGACCUUCCGAACUCAUGGUCCUACCUCUUGAGAGCUCUGGCGGAAAGCUCCAAGAAAAGCAUCGACGAAGCCCGUCAAGAAUCGGUCACAUGUGCUUCGGGCGUAUGGGAUUUGAUAUUCGAGAAAUGCGACGCCGCAAGGUUCGAGGAUGAGUUGAACAUGGCGAGCCGAGAUUCUAUCGAUCGAAUUAUGGAUAUCGGAGCAUUACUCAAGACGGCCGUAGACCGGGAGUGCGGUAAAUCUGUGCGUCUUAUUCUGACGAUGUGGAGAUUUGUCGGAUUCAAGACCACCGCGUUUGAUGUCACGCUACUGGAUGUUAUUUCUCAGUCGGCUCGAUUUUCCGAGAAGCCCUUGUUGCUCCUGCCCGACAUCAUUAAAGAACAUGACUUUUGUCAAAAGAGUGCGACAAUGUGCUCCGAGAGCUUGGUCACGAUGGUGCAGAUGCAUAUGCGGGGGCCUCGCGAAGAACGCUCUGGGAACCAUGGGAGUCUCGAACAAGCUUUUCUCCUCAUAUCCCGGUCUUUGGGACAACUUGAUGAAAGAUUUAGUGGGCGUAUUGACACGCGAGAAGCAUGGCAAUGGAUACAUCGUCACAGCCUGAAGCUCUUGGAGGCUGAGUUUGAGGGGAGGAAUUUCGAAGCUGCAUCUGACGCCGUCUGUUGGUGGGGACAGCUUCCGCUGGAUAUUCAUCUGACCAAGGACGCUCGGCAGACCGUAACAGAGAUAUUGGAGGAGAUCGAGAGAAUCCGUCUCGCAGAAAAGACAGGAGGAGGUCUGGGCUGGCUUAACAUACAAAGCCUUUGGAGAACCCGGAUUUUAGAAGCUAACCGCACAACGGAGUUGGCGUGUCAUGAAGCUUCUCUGGAGUCGUUUUGGGGGGAAUCUAGCACAUUUGUCCAACGAUAUGCUAGGGGUGUUGGAAAUGAAAUCGAUCGACAUCCCCCCCCAACCCACUCUAAUUUUUUGAACUCUAUCGUCAGCCUCACAGCGGCACUCGCCAGGUACCUAAGGAAUCUUUCCCUGCAUUAGGAGCGAGACUUCGAGAGUUGGAACUGCUUGGCGGCUCUCACGAUCCUGUAAGCGCGGUAUUGUCGCGGUCGGGAGGAGUUAUGAGAUUUCCUUUCCGGCUGUUAAAAUCAGACUUUAACACGCCAAAGGAAGGGUCAUACAUUCGAAGAGUGCGCUUUCUCGGAGAGGGUGGCGAAAACUUGAUCCUCGAUAGGGCGAACGCUACUCGUGUGGAAAAUUUCAACAAGUGGAAAGGCAAUCCACAAAUCAGAGACCAAGAGAUAUGGAUAUUCGACGAAGGGGACAUGUAUGGGCGGGAGUUGUGGGAAAGCCUAGUUCC